UCUUUCAUCUCGUCCCUUUUCCGAGUUAAACGCGAUUGAGACACGAAACGCGACAAUUUUUUCAUUUGUCGAAUGAUAAUGUUGAAAAAAAAACGAGUGUAUCUUGUGUGAUUGUUAUAAAAAAAAAUAAUACAGUAAAAUUGUGAAAGGCCGCGAUUUGAGAUCUAAAAAAACUUGUCCCUCUCCGCCUAGUUGGCGGUCGACGAGUGUUGUGUCCCGUUUCACGAGAAGUCCAGAAUACAAAGCCGUUCGUCUGUGCUCACGUUUUCUACAAAAACACAUCCAAAAUGGCUACUGAUGCUACUGAAGAAGACAUGUCAUUUCAUCAUGGUGAAUUGUUUGACAGUUAUGAAGAUUUGGAACGCAAAUUAGAACGUUUUUCCAAACAAAGUCUCGUGCAUUACUGGCGACGAGACAGUAGAACGGUCAGCGGAGCUCACAUGAAAACUGCGAGACCUAUCAGUGAAAGAUUGAAAUAUUAUUCUGUCAAAUACGCUUGUAUUUAUGGAGGACAAAAAUUCCUGCCUAGAGGAGCAGGGCGGAGACAAUCUCAAUCGAUCAGGACCAACUGCCCGGCUCACAUAAUGCUACGAGCUUCCAAAGAUGGCACUAAACUUGAAGUAACGAGUGUCAAUAAUGAGCACAAUCACGAAAUUUCGGAGGAAUUAUUUAAGAAGCUUCCACAAGAGCGAAAACUUUGUGGCGAAAUAAAACAGGAGGUUCAAGAUCUAAUGCAAUUGCACAUAGAUCGAAAGAGGCUCAAGGAAUACGUUCGUUUACGAACAAACAAAGUUUUACGUUCAAAGGACCUCUUCAAUAUCGCAGCCGCGAAUAAAUUAAAACGAGAAAUAACGCCUGAGCGAGCUUAUCAACUGUUCAAGAGAAUUCACGAUCUUGAGAAAUUACAACGUCGCGAGGGAGCUCGAAGCUGCUCCGAGUCAGAGGACGAAAUUUCACAGACGAUAAAACGUAUAAAAAAAGAGCAGGAGUCGCCUUGGGGCCAAGACGGAUUAACCACGGAACUCGAAGGGAGCGAAGUUAACGAAUGCGAGGAUUCGUACAGUGCUCAAAUGAAUCAGGAAGAAGUGGGUGACGAUAUGGAUACGACGGAAGGAACAUUAUUGAGUACCAAUACCGAAGGUGAUAUUAUCACCGCGAAUGGAGAAAUUGUUGGCGAUCUCGUAAUGCAAGAUGGUGAUCCCUCCGUCAUUGUAGAAUCGAUCGUCAACGCUGAUGGCUCGGUUUUCGUUGAUGAAAGAGACUUCAAUAAUUAUUGCAAUAAUCAUCUUACUCACGAUAGUAAUUCGCCAGGACCACAAGUUCUAAAUAUCGAGACGAUAGCGCCACAAGUCGAGAUUGAAAAAAUAUCACGAGUCCACGCAUCUUCAGCGAGUCCAACGAGUCAGAGUCGUCCAUCAAUAAAUGAAACGUCGAACGAUAAGGCGACGUGCGUUUUGAACGAUUCUGCGGAUUCUAGAAUAUGGAUUAUGAAAGAAGCAGCUGCCGUCGACACGGAAGGAGAUAGUGCGGCCGAGAGUGAAACGAAUCCGUCGAAAAUUAAUAGAAAUACGAACGAACCGGAUGUCUCGGAAGUUGUACUUUCCGAGGAAGCGAGUCAUCAAUUGCUUCAAGAACAAUUGGCUGUAUUGAGGGCUGAACAGAGGAAACUUUUUCACGAGACUGAAAUGCUUAAAAUAAAAAAAGACAAGCUUAGACUGCAGAUGAACUGUUACACGAAUGAGAUAAGAAAACAAGAGAUGGAAAAAGAAAAAUUGAGACUCGAAAUCAAGUUGCUGCAGUCCAAAGUUGUUGAGGAUGCUAACGAUGUUUCUCACUACAUAUUCGUGCCUUGAGAAUUUUAUGUGACGAGAAAAACGAAUGAAAACAGACGAUUCAACGAUUCACGUGUAAAUAACAGUGCCCUUAAUUAAAUUCAUUUUUCUGUAAAAAAAAAAGUAUGCGACGAUCCAAGAGCUUUCGUUGUAUCGGCAGUUUUUGGCGUAAACAGUGUUACCUGAACCAGCCGUAUUCACAAUCAUUCACAAAUCUUUUCUUACCUUAAUCUCACGUUGGAUAAACUUUAUCGUGAGAUUAAACGAAAUAAAUUAUUUCUUCAAGA